AUACUUUUCUUUCACCAACUGCAAUCCAAUCUAAUACUUCGAGCAUGGCAGAUUCAGACGUAGAAGAAGUUUAUGAAGUCGACACGAUUCGUGAUCAUCGCAUGACUAAGGCCGGAAAGAGAUACGAGAUUUACUAUUUGAUUAAGUGGCUUGGAUAUGAUGAAGACGAUAAUACAUGGGAAAGAGAAUCCAACAUAUUUGCGAAAAAUUUAAUUGUUGAAUAUUGGGAUGCAAAACCUAUGGACGACCCAGAAAGGCAACUGUUUGAAAAAAUAAAUAGCAAGAGAAAGAAGCCUCUGGUCCUACCAUCCACCAAGACGGCAGCAGCAGCAAAGGAGGAAAAGGGUAAAAUUGAGAAGAAGAAGAGCAAAAUAAGAGAGAACAAAUUGACAGACAUGUUUGAAAAGGCAGAUAGCAACAGAUCAACCAUUGCCUCUUCUUCAAAGCAGCCAGUAGCCAGUAAAGAAAAGGAAGCGAAGCAAUCUAAGCUAGAGGAUAUCAUGAUACGAAAAGAAGAUGAAACUGCCCUGAAAGAAAACGGUGAGGAACAUCCAUCUCCUGUAUCUGAAGACAAAGGAAAAGGAAAAGAAAAGGAAGGAAUAACCCCGAUGUUUAACCAUAAUGAAUCCACAACUAGCACACCACGAAGAGCGCCUGAAGUAAUCGCAGCGGUUAGUGACGAUGAUGAUGACGACGACGAUGAUGACGAUCUUGAAGAGAAAAAGGACACUACAGUAAUGCCUUCAGCUUCUACCUCCACCUUAACCGCAUCAACAUCUACACCUCAUGAAUUUGGAAAUAGUGAAGACGAUGACGAUUACGAUGAAGCAGAAGAAGAGGAAGAGGUCAUGGAAAUUGAACUGACAGACGAUGAAGACGAUAAUAUAGAAAAAGCAGCAACCGCGAAAAUUGCAAGCAAGAAGGAAAGAGAAGCUUCUCCUGCAUCAGUCACGACUACAUCUUCCACUGCUUCUGGGCCUGCUGUGGCCAUAACUGUCUCUUCUGUGCCUGCGAAAAAAAGAGUCAAAGAGGAUGGUAUCCUUCCUUCAAAACGCAAAAAGUCUGUAGGUGAUUAUUUCCUACAACAACAUGAGAAGAAAAUGAAAAAGCUAUCGGUGGAUGAUGAGGACAGUACCGAUAUUGACGUGAAAGAUGCGACCAAAGCAAUUGGAUUAGCAGAAAAACAAGCAGAGCAGAUAGUGGACAAUAAAGAAAACCAAGAGAAAACACGAGAAGCAGCGAUUAUUAUGGAUCGCUCUUUUGAACAAGAUGAAAGUAGAAAUUGGAACACAAUGAUAGAAAAGGUAGCUUAUAUUGGACGCGAUACGGAAGCAUCCAAUUUUUUUGUUACUGUUCACUGGAAAGAUGGCAAAAAUUCCCUUCAUCCCUUGGACGCUGUCAAAGAAAAGAUUCCUGGACUUAUCAUUGACUAUUUCAUAAGAAUCGCAGAAUAAGGAUAUUUGAACUUAAAUCGUUUUCCAGUUGUAAGGUUUUUCCAUGUCAUUUCUCUCCACUCUUAUACCAUUAAUGGAGUAUAGCCUUACAACUACGAUUUCCAUUUCUCGUGCAUGUGAUAGAAUUUAUAUACCUUAAUGUUAAUAAAUGAGAUACUUGUGGAAGUUCUCUUUGAUCAAGUAUUUUAUACCAAAUAUAAGUACGCGAUCUACAAGACACGAACUGUUGAAGUACAUAC